AUGGCUACCUCAUCAGACACUAAAUCAUCUCCUCUGGAGACAACAUACGAUGUAUCAACAGCAAAGCCAGAUAUCAAGCCAGGUGACAUUCCCACAGACGUUGGGAGCGCAAUUGACUCGCGUGCUGAGCGGUCGUUGGUGUGGAAGAUUGAUCUUCGCAUUCUGCCUGUGCUGGCUCUGAUGUAUCUGUUCAACAGCCUCGACAAGUCCAAUCUAGGCAAUGCAAAGACUGCAGGACUAGAGAAAACCCUCAAGCUACAUGGCAACCAAUACAACCUCAUCCUCAGCAUCUUCUUCAUUCCCUACGUCCUCACAGCACCCUUUCUCGGUAUCGUCGGCAAGAAAUACGGCCCUAGCCUCGUCCUUCCAUGCAUGAUGUUCACCUUUGGCCUCUGCACAAUCUUGGUGGUGGCAGUAUUCAACUUUAGUGGUCUUCUGGCCAUUCGAUGGUUUCUGGGUAUGGCAGAGAGCGCCUUUUUACCUCUCGUCAUCUACUACCUCACAACAUUCUACCGUCGAGGUGAACUAGCACGCCGUCUGGCCAUCUUCUACGCAGCCCAAAGUAUCGCAUCUGCAUUCUCUGGUCUUCUCGCGUUCGGUGUCUUCCGCAUCACAUCUGGUCCGUUGGCAUCAUGGAGAUAUCUAUUCCUCAUCGAAGGAGGAGGCACAGUCAUCUGCGCAAUUUUUGCAUUCUGGUAUCUCCCACACUCGGCAUCACAAGCAACCUUCCUGUCCCCGGAAGAAAAGGAACUCGCCUACCUCCGCCUUCAACUCGAUAGUUCAUCGGUCGUCAACGAAAAGCUGGACAUCCGCGACGCACUACGAGUGUUCAAACAACCAACCAGCUGGGCCGUCCUGGCCAUUCAAAUCUGUCUCGGUGUUCCAUUACAAUCAGUUCAGCUUUUUCUACCAGAAAUUAUUUCCCGACUUGGAUAUGAUACCGUCAAGACGAAUCUGUAUACCGUUGCACCGAAUGUGUCUGGCGCAGUUGUUCUUCUCAUUCUUGCAUUCUGCAGUGACUGGACUCGAUGGAGGUUCCCAUUCAUUGCUUUCGGUUUGAUGUGUACCUUUAUUGGUUUUGUGAUCUACGUUUCCAUUGACGUCACUUCUAUGUUGGGGGUUGCAUACUUUGCAUCAUUCAUGAUGACCUGGGGAACAUCCGCGCCUUCCGUCAUUCUAGACACCUGGUACAACAACAACAUCGCCAACGAAGGACGCCGCAUGCUCCUCACCUCCAUCGCCGUCCCCAUCGCAAACCUAAUGGGCGUCGUCAGCUCCAAUAUCUUCCGCAACCAAGAUGCCCCGAAAUAUCUUCCCGCCCUCAUCACCACUGCCGCCUUCUGUGGUACUGGGAUUGUCCUCACAUUGCUUCUGGGAGUGUGGAUGAUGAUUGAUAAUAAACGGAGGAAUAUGAAGCAGGGGAUCAACCUCACUGCGAUGGAUGUUCCCACGGAGAGGUUACGAGAAGGACCGGAUAGUCCUGACUUUAGAUGGUUUUAUUAAAGAAUCAUUCUAUUUUACGAAUUAUUAAUAGAUGUGUAUAGUUAACGAGAUUACUUGACCC